GCAUUUUUAUGUUGUGGCCAAAACAACGUCGGCAUUAGUUUGCCAACUACCUGCAAACAAUACCGCUGUCUGUCAACCUUUGGACGUCGGGGUAAUGGGGCCUCUAAAGAAAAAGAUAACGACAUUCUGGGUGGCUGAGACCCACAAAUCUACAAAAGGAAAGUGCGCGCAGUGUGGGCUAGUGAAGAAUUGUAAUUGGGACAAGGAGUGCCGGUGGCAGAGCAAGUGUGUGUGCUGUGCGUUGUGCGGGCUUGGAGAGGAUUGCGAGUGUUGGAACCAUUGUCAAUGCUGGGACGAGUGCCUUUGCGGCGUUGCGUGUCUGUGCAGCGAGGAGUGCAUGUGCGUCGUCGAUGAAACCACAGAACUACCCCACCAUCAGAAGGAAGAGCGUAAGAAGCCAGCCGCAAAGCGUAAGAAGCAGAACCAAGCUAGAGCAGAGGAAUAUCGACGAUCUCCUAUCUCGCGAAUAAUCAAGGCUUGGAGAAGAUUUGAAGACAGAGGACAUCGUCAAGAGAUUUAAGAAAGUCAUUUCAAAGAAUCCC